CCCCCCGUGCGCAUAUUCGCCCGCAUCGCCAUAAAAUCCCGCCGCACGGCGAGAGGGAACUGCAAGCAGCCCAGCCGACCAACAGCGCCGGAGCCUAGUCCUGCCCUCGCCCCAGCCUCAUCUCCCGUGGCUGCUGCGGACCCCUGCGCCUUCUCUCCUCUCUCUACCGUGCGUGUAUCGGCCGAUGGCGGCGGCGACGGCGGCGGACACCACGGAUGCGUCCACGGCCGGGCUCGCGCUCGCCGAGGCGAACAUCAACUGGGAGAGGUUGGACAAGACGAAGUUUCAUGUCAUCGGAGCAGUCCUGUUCACAGCGCAGCAAGGUGUUCUGCACCCAACAGCUGUUGUGAAGACUAGGAUGCAGGUUGCCCAAGGAGGGCUUUCGCAGAUGUCUGGUUUUGCCGUUUUUAGAAAGAUAUUGAGGAGUGAUGGCGUUCCUGGUGUUUUCAGAGGUUUUGGCACCACUGCAGUUGGAGCUCUACCUGGACGAGUCUUGGCUCUGACUUCGCUAGAGAUGUCCAAGGAAAUGGCAUUUAAAUAUUCUGAGCAUUUUGAUAUGUCCGAGGCAUCAAGGAUUGCUGUUGCUAAUGGUGUAGCAGGCCUGGUGUCAAGUAUAUUUUCGAGUGCAUAUUUUGUACCUCUCGAUGUGAUUUGCCAGAGGCUCAUGGUUCAAGGAUUGCCAGGGAUGCAAACAUAUAGAGGUCCAUUUGAUGUGAUAAAUAAGGUUGCCAGGACCGAAGGUAUCCGGGGACUUUACCGAGGUUUUGGAAUUACCAUGUUAACUCAAUCACCAGCUUCCGCCCUUUGGUGGAGUUCAUACGGUGGUGCUCAACAUGCUAUCUGGAGGAGCUUGGGUUAUGGAAAUGACACGCAAAAGAAACCAUCUCAAACAAAACUUGUUGUUGUGCAAGCAACAGCUGGAACAUUUGCUGGAGCUUGCUCAUCGAUUAUCACUACACCAAUAGAUACCAUCAAGACACGGCUUCAGGUUAUGGACAACUACGGGAGUGGAAGGCCAUCUGUCGUGAAAACUACCAGGCUGCUGCUACGAGAAGAUGGCUGGAGAGGUUUAUAUAGAGGGUUUGGACCGAGGUUUCUUAACAUGUCCCUUUGGGGUACAUCAAUGAUUGUCACAUACGAGCUAAUAAAGAGGCUUUCUGUGAAGCCUGAACAAUGAGCUUUUGGGUUCUGCUCCACCCAGUUGGUCAUCGUUUCCGUGUUGGCCAUCUAGUGAGCACAUUUUUUGGUACAGGGAUUUGCAAUUGGAACAGCGAUUGGAAAUUCUGAUGCAGGAAUCCCUUAUGAAGCUUUAACAUGUUCCCAUAUGAAGCAAUCUUGUAAAUACUUACUCUAGCUAUGUAAGAGUUGAAGGUGCUCGUUUACGGAUGAAAUAGCCAUGAAUGGGGUUGAAAUAGCCAGAGGCUUCGUCUGGGUACUGGAGCACGUAGUCGUUGUAUGAGUUGGAAAUUUUGUAUCUUACUCCCUCUGUUCCAUUCUAUAGUGCCUAUUGUUUUUUGGCACGGAAAUUAGCGCAAGAGUAUAUCCUAGGUAGUAAACUCAAGAUUGUGUUUUAUUGUACUUUUGUAGCUCACAUCUUGGGAUGAGACGGCAUAGCCAAAUCAAUUGAGCAGAUGUAUUAUCAUACUAUUAGUUAUAAGUUUGUCGCCUUAAAUUUUCAAUAAGCAUACAUAGUUUGCUGAUGUA